AGUAGAAAAUUGAUUUCCUUCCUGAUUUUCAAAAAGAGAACUCAAACCUUCAGUGUGUUACUAUCCGUCUCAGAGUGGGGGUAGAAAUAAUCGUAUCCUCACUUCGGGACAUUGUUAUACAAUAUCCUACACACAUGCGUGGUCUUUGUUGUUUUUUCCUCUUAAUCCUGACCCAAGUGUCUUUCAGCACCGUCAAAGUCGUUGGCUUCUUUGGGGACAAUGUGACUUUGCCCUGUAGCUAUGACACCCAAAUUCAUGGCACUCUGGAUUUUUGUUGGGGACGAGGGAAACUGCCCCUGUCCAAAUGCUCCAACACUAUCCUCUCCGAGCAGGGAGGUAUGCUUUUCAGGCAGUUCUCCAGGUACCAGCUACUGGGCGGGGUGAAAAAAGGGAAUGUGUCCCUGACCAUCCUCAAUGCUCAGUGGGAUGAUGCAGGGAAGUACAGCUGCAGGAUUGAGAUCCCAGGGUGGUUAAAUGACCAAAAGUUCAACAUAGACCUGGUCAUUGAGGAAGCUCCUAUGCAACAGCCAGUCACACAAGAGACACGAGAAAUACUGACAUCUAUGAGUGAAAGGAUUCCAACAACAAUGGAAAAAAUCCUGAGACUGGAAGACAUUGGCAGGAUGGCAGCUAUUUUCCUCGUCACUACAAUCAUAAUCCUCGCCUAUAUUUUCCGGAGAGGAUGUAUGCUGAGGGGAACACUUCAACAUCCUAACAUCUCAACUGAUGAGAACAUUUAUGAAAGCAUCCCAAUACCUGAGUGAUGGUCAACAUUACAAGAACAGGGGAGUUGCAUACUUCUAUGUCUGCUUGUCAUGCGUUAACUAUCCACCUUUUGAACUCUUAUCUUUUAAUUAGUAAGAGAGCAAAUAUAUAACCAAUUUCCCUCAUAAAGCAGCUUACAGUGUGCCGCUUUUCUCAGACUAUACUAAAAAAGUCAUAUGUGUGUCAUAUUGGCUGAGAAGAUGCAAAACUAUUCUGCAGAUUAAUUCAUUGGUUUUUAUUUUCUGCCUGUUUUGCAUGACAAAACUGAUCUCAGGGCCUUACGCUUUUGUGGAGGGUUUGGUUGAUAGUUGUGGACACAAUGCCACCUACUGGACUGUAUGAAAACGUUAUUAAAAAUGUAGACAAGUUUGCACCCUGAGUGCACUGUGAGCUCCUCUGUGUGCAGAAUGAAAUACAGAGAAAGCGAGGACAGUAUGUUCCUACAGUACGUGUUAAAAAGUUGGAUCUAAUAUAUGAUGUAUUAAUAUAAAAAAAUAUGCCCAAUAAAGAGU